CGGAGAGACAACACGGCCAUUAGAAGGCUUUGACGAAACGAAACGAACAACAACUCAAUCAACUCACAUUCAAGCUGAUAGGCCUUCAAGCAGAUUUUUGUUGUAAUGACAUCGAAACCUCUUCGCAUUUUGGUAAGUGGAGAUGUGAAUGGAAGAUUUGAUCAACUUUUUUCGAGAAUAACCAGUAUACAGCAAAAAUCAGGAUCCUUUGAUUUACUAUUGUGUGUUGGCAACUUCUUUGGUGACAAAACUGAAGAAUGGCAUAAAUAUUCAUCUGGUUCUGUUAAAGUACCAUUACCAGUACUCAUUCUAGGUCCAAACAAAGGAGAACAUGUGCACUGGUAUAAAGAUAUGCAAGGAGGAGACCUCUGUGAAAAUGUCACUUAUCUUGGUAAGAAGGGACUGUACAAUGGCAGCUCUGGACUACAGCUUGCCUAUCUCAGUGGAACACAAUCUGAUUUCAUCUCAGACAAUACAAGUUUCAAUGCCUUAGAUAUCAAUUCACUUACUGACCCAGUGAAAAAUGACAGCAAGUUUAAAGGUGUUGAUAUCCUAAUUACUUCUCAGUGGCCAGAGGGAGUGGAGAAGUAUAGUACUGAACUGGAAGGGUUCAGUUCAAGUGAUUGUGGGUCAGAGGCCUUGAAUGAACUGGCAAUAAGAUUGAGGCCCCGCUACCAUUUCUGUGGUUUGGAAGGUGUGCAUUAUGAACGUCAGCCUUACAGGAACCACAAGGUGCUCGCAGAACCUGCUAGACAUGUGACUAGAUUUAUAGCUCUCGCAAACGUUGGAAACGAAAACAGAAAAAAGUAUCUGUAUGCAUUUAGUAUGAUGCCUAUGUCACAGAUGGAUGCUGCAGAACUUGUUUCACAACCACUGGAUGUCACAGAAUGCCCAUAUAAGGAAAACUCCUCUGUAUCAGUUCAGGCUGAAAGACAGGACCAGUAUUUCUAUGAUGUUAAGGAUGACAGUGGUGGGAAGAAAAGAAGAGCUGAAGGUGGGGCAGACAAACAGCAGAAAAAGCAUAAACCUGUCCCUACUGGACCAUGUUGGUUUUGUCUUGGUAGUCCCGAAGUAGAAAAACAUCUUGUAGUUAGUGUGGGCUCAGAGACAUAUUUAGCAUUAGCUAAAGGUGCAUUAGUAGAUGAACACAUUCUCAUAUUACCCAUUGGACAUUAUCAGUCUACUGUUACUGUACCAGAGGAGGUUUUAGAAGAAAUUGAAAGAUACAAGAAGGCAAUAAAGAAAUAUCUGAAGAAGCAGGGUAAAGCAGUGGUAUUUUUUGAGAGGAACUACAAAACUCAACAUUUACAGAUUCAGGCUGUGCCAAUCCCACAGGACAGUGUCCAGGACAUUAAAGAUAUGUUCUUUGAAUGUGCUGAGAGUGAAUCAAUAGAACUGAAUGAAAUACCUGUGCAUUCUGAUAUUAGACAGAUAGUUCAGAUAGGAGUACCCUAUUUCUAUGCUGAGGUACCAACUGGUGAGAAACUCUACUGCAGAAUCUCUGGAUCUCCUAAGUUUCCUCUGCAGUUUGGCAGAGAGGUUUUAGCAAGUCAUGGUGUAUUGAAUAUGCCAGAGAGAGCGGACUGGAAAGUUUGUAGUAUGUCAAAGACCCAAGAAGCAUCAUUAGCUGCAGAAUUUAAAUCAAAGUUCAAGAAAUAUGACUUCACUUUAGAAGACUGAGAACUCAUUGGCUUAAAAAUACAAUAAUCAAUAAAUCUUACCUUGCAUA